GGAGGCUUCUCUGUCCUCCUGUGGAUUGGAGCGAUAUUGUGCUUCCUGGCUUACGGCAUCCAGGCUGGAACAGAGGAUGAUCCCUCAGCUGACAACCUCUACCUUGGUGUCGUUCUCUCCGCCGUUGUGAUCAUCACCGGCUGCUUCUCCUACUACCAAGAGGCUAAGAGCUCGCGUAUCAUGGACUCCUUCAAGAACAUGGUUCCUCAGCAAGCGCUUGUGAUCCGCGAGGGAGAGAAGCUGCAGAUCAACGCCGUGGAGGUGGUGGCCGGCGACUUGGUCGAGAUCAAGGGCGGUGACCGAAUCCCGGCUGACCUGCGAAUCAUCUCGGCCCACGGCUGCAAGGUGGACAACUCGUCCCUGACGGGAGAGUCUGAACCUCAAAGUCGCUCCCCAGAAUUCACGAACGAGAACCCCCUGGAAACCAAAAACAUCGCCUUCUUCUCAACAAAUUGUGUCGAAGGCACGGCACGAGGGGUGGUGGUUAACACUGGCGAUCGUACCGUGAUGGGGCGAAUCGCCACCCUCGCCUCGGGCCUAGAGGUCGGACGAACGCCCAUCGCAGUCGAAAUCGAACACUUCAUCCACAUCAUCACCGGCGUGGCAGUCUUUCUCGGAGUCUCGUUCUUCGUGCUCUCGCUCAUCCUGGGCUACAACUGGCUCGAGGCAGUCAUCUUCCUCAUCGGGAUCAUCGUUGCCAACGUACCCGAGGGCCUGCUCGCCACCGUCACCGUGUGCCUGACGCUGACAGCCAAGCGCAUGGCCAAGAAGAAUUGCCUGGUGAAGAAUCUGGAGGCAGUGGAGACACUGGGUUCCACCUCCACCAUCUGCUCGGACAAGACGGGGACUCUGACACAGAACCGAAUGACUGUGGCACACAUGUGGUUUGAUAACCAGAUCCACGAGGCGGACACCACAGAGGAUCAGUCAGGCCUGGCCUUCGACAAGAGUUCUGCUACAUGGACAGCCCUAGCUCGAGUUGCGUCUCUCUGUAACCGUGCCGUCUUCAAGGGAGGCCAGGAUGGACUCCCCAUCCUCAAGCGAGACGUAGCUGGUGAUGCGAGUGAGUCUGCACUCCUCAAGUGUAUCGAGGUUUGCAUGGGCUCCGUGAAGGAGAUGCGGGAAAAGAAUCACAAAGUGGCCGAAAUCCCCUUCAACUCCACCAACAAGUACCAGCUGUCUAUCCACGAGACGGAGGACCAGUCGGACCCCCGCUACCUGCUGGUCAUGAAGGGCGCUCCCGAGCGGAUUCUCGACCGCUGCUGCAACAUUUUGAUGCAGGGUCGAGAGCAGCCGUUAGAUCCUGAGCUCAAGGAGUCGUUCCAGAACGCCUACAUGGAGCUGGGAGGUCUCGGAGAGAGAGUCCUGGGAUUCUGCCACCAUUACCUCCCGGCCGAGGAGUUCCCCAAGGGCUUCGAGUUUGACGCCGAUGACGUCAACUUUCCCACGAGUGACCUCUGCUUCGUGGGUCUCAUGUCCAUGAUCGACCCGCCCAGAGCCGCCGUGCCAGACGCCGUGGGAAAGUGUCGCAGUGCUGGCAUUAAGGUGAUUAUGGUCACCGGUGAUCAUCCCAUCACGGCCAAAGCGAUCGCCAAGGGCGUUGGGAUCAUAUCGGAGGGGAAUGAGACGGUGGAAGACAUCGCAGCCAGACUCAACAUCCCGAUCAGCCAGGUCAACCCCAGGGACGCUAAGGCGUGCGUGGUGCACGGCACGGACCUCAAGGAGUUGUCGCAGGACCAGAUUGACGAGAUCCUGAAGAACCACACCGAGAUUGUGUUCGCUAGGACAUCACCACAGCAGAAACUCAUCAUUGUGGAGGGAUGUCAGAGACAGGGCGCCAUCGUGGCCGUGACAGGCGAUGGUGUCAACGACUCUCCAGCCCUGAAGAAGGCCGACAUCGGAGUGGCCAUGGGCAUCGCCGGCUCGGAUGUCUCGAAGCAAGCGGCAGACAUGAUCCUGCUUGAUGAUAACUUCGCCUCCAUCGUGACGGGAGUGGAAGAAGGACGCCUCAUUUUCGACAACCUGAAGAAGUCGAUCGCCUACACGCUGACGAGUAACAUUCCCGAGAUAACGCCCUUCCUGUUCUUCAUCAUCGCCAACAUCCCGCUGCCGCUGGGCACAGUCACCAUCCUGUGCAUCGACCUCGGCACAGACAUGGUGCCGGCGAUCUCGCUGGCCUACGAGGCGGCUGAGAGUGACAUCAUGAAGAGGCAGCCACGGAACCCGCGGGUGGACAAGCUGGUGAACGAGAGACUCAUCAGUAUCGCGUACGGACAGAUCGGGAUGAUUCAGGCACUGGGAGGAUUUUUCGCCUACUUCGUCAUCCUCACAGAGAACGGAUUCCUGCCAGCGGAUCUCCUGGGCAUUCGCCUACAGUGGGAUAAUAAACACGUCAACGAUCUCACAGACUCGUACGGGCAGGAGUGGACCUACGAACAGCGCAAGUUAGUGGAGUAUACGUGCCACACCGCAUUCUUCGUGAGCAUUGUGGUGGUCCAGUGGGCCGAUCUCAUCGUCUGCAAAACCAGACGCAACUCCGUUUUCCAGCAGGGCAUGAAGAACAAGAUCUUGGUGUUUGGACUCUUCUGUGAGACUGUGUGUGUGUGUCACUGUGUGUGUGUGUCACUGUGUGUGUGUGUCACUGUGUGUGUGUGUCUGUGUGUCACGUGUCACUGUGUGUGUGUCACGUGUCACUGUGUGUGUGUCACAGGAACAAGAUCUUGGUGUUUGGACUCUUCUGUGAGACUGUGUGUGUGUGUGUCACUGUGUGUGUGUCACUGUGUGUGUCACUGUGUGUGUGUGUCUGUGUGUCACGUGUCACUGUGUGUCUGUGUGUCACGUGUCACUGUGUGUGUGUCACGUGUCACUUUGUGUGUGUCACAGGAACAAGAUCUUGGUGUUUGGACUCUUCUGUGAGACUGUGUGUGUGUG